AUGCAGGAUGCUCUACACAAACUUGAAUCAUGUGACCAAGAAAGGUCAAAUAUAAUUUGUUCUGCAUUAAAGAACAUUUCAAGUUUAACAGCCAAUACUACCGAUAUGCAGCUAACAAAAAUUCAAAAGCAGCAACUUAGUAUGGAAAUAAAGAUUGUUGAAGACUUGCAUGACCUUGGUCUGAAAAAUAUUACUGAAACUGAAGAUUUAAGUCUUAUUGUAAAUGAGUUGUUCUUUCAACACGUAGCAGACAAAGUAGAAGAACAGUGCCCCUUGUUUACUCAAAUUGUAAAGUUAUUAUGUAUUGGAAAACGGUCAGGAACAAAUACUGGAAAGAAAACUGAUGCAUUCAAAUUUAAAUCUGCGUUGCACAUUAUUAAUGCUCUUGGGGAGAUCCGUUCACAAAGAACAACGGAUGAAUUUGGGUUGAUGUUUGGUUUGCUCCUAAUAAGUUAUGGCUGUGGAAGAGCUGUACUCGAUGCAAUACAUGCACUUGGGUUAUGCAAGAGCUACGACUUUUAGUAAGUGACUCUGUGACUGACCAUUAAAUGUUUGAGAGUGGAGGGGUGGAGCAAACACACAAAAAAAAUUCGAGCACAGCCUUAACCUGGGGAAAACAUUGUGCACAACAAACCCCCCAGAAAAAAUUCAUGCAAAUCUUCAUGAUUUUUGAACAAUUUUAAAGUUAAAUGCAUAUAUACAUAUUACAUGCAGCAAGGAAAUAUUGGUCCAUUUUGUUUGUGUAGGAAUUUUUUAAGCUCGAGGCUGUGCUGGAUUUUUUAUUUCGCCCUGCAUGGGCCCCUGGCUUGCUUGAAGGAUAUUUUUUAAGAGUGUAUAUUUUUAAUAUCGAAUGGUCUGUGCUAGCGUACAUGCAUGCAUGGCUAAAAUAUUGAUAAAAACAAGAUUGAACAAUGUUUUGCUGCGCACAUUGUUCACAGUUGUCAACAAUAUUGAACAAUAUUGUUACACCCCAUUCAGGCUCAAUAUUGUUCAAAAUUGUUGACAAGUGUGAACAACGUGGGCAGCAAAACAUUGUUAAGUCCUGUUAAACAGCGGGCUCAGCAUAUUUUACGCAUGCAGGUAGCGAUGAUAACAAACCAAUAGAUCUAGAGUUCGCUGGAACAAACAGCAACCUGGAAAAUUAAUAUAAGCAGAACUUCGACAUUUCGAGAUAAGGCCCUUAAGGCGGUUUUCCACUAGGCGAAAUUUUUCGACCGAAUCGAAAUUUUUCUUUGUUUCAUGAACUCUCAAGGCGGUUUUCCACUAGGCGAAAUUUUUCGACCGAAUCGAAAUUUUUCUUUGUUUCAGAGCUCUCGAGCAGAACUAAUUGUAAAAAGACAAAGAGAAAUUUCGUUUCGGUCGAAAACUUCCGCCUCGUGGAAUCAGGCCUUCAAGCAGAACUAAUUGUAAAAAGACAAAGAGAAAUUUCGUUUCGGUCGAAAAAUUCCGCCUCGUGGAAUCAGGCCCUUAGCCAGUUUUCCACUUCAAGCGUACCGUACCGAAACGUAUCAAAAACGUUUUUAAAUUUCAAAAUUUAGUGAAUGUUGAUUAGUUAAUACUUCCGUAGUACGCCAAAAAGUUGACUUGCGACGAAGUUUUCAUUUUGAUACGCGAAUAUACCCGGAAGUACGUUGAUUUAUAAAACUCUUUUCAAUCUGCGCAUGCUCACCAGUACGUUUCGGUACGGUACGGUUGAAGUGGAAAACUGGCUUUAGACCUUCAUUGGUCGCUAUUCACUUCCCGAUGUAGGGCCUUCGCUGAAAACGUUGAAGUUCUGCUCAUAUUUUUCAGGUACUGUAGUCGUACUUCCUAAAAAGAUUGCUGUUUAUAUUUUUAAUGUCUGACACAUACACAUGUUCAGGAACGUAGCGAAGCAUCUGAAGAUGUACAUUUUUGAAGCUCCUUGACUGCAUUUCUGGAGUUUUCUAAAGCAAAUUCGCAAACGAAUUGGAUCUAAAUUGACUGUAUUUUACAAAAAUGGUUAUCAUUUCACAAAAAUAACAACUUUAUUCCGCAAAUUCUACCUGAAAAUCUCAAAAUUUUAACUUGAAUUUUACCUGAUUUUUACCUGAGUUUCACAGUUGGGGUUGGUUUACACCCCCCCGGUCGCUACGUCCCUGCUGACAUGUUAGGGAUACUAGAGGUAUAACUGAAUGUUGUGGUUCUGAGUUUUAACAGAAGAUGAUGAUUUAUAACCAACUUCAUGAAUCAGAUGGAAUAUCGUAUUAACAAUAUACUGUAUUAUAUUGAAAUGGGUGCAAAUUCAUAUUUUGUAGUCGUGCAUACCUUACGAAAAGACUGGAUGCAUACAAAGACAUUGUUACUUCACGCUUUCCCAAGACAUGGCCUGUUAUCUUAAUGUUUGAUAACAUUAAUAUCCACAAGGGAAAAUCGCGUUACGUGAGAAUUAAGCAAAGCAUGGUGCCCGUUAUGUGGAAUUUCACUGUGAGAGCAGUAAUGAAACCCAAUCUAUCUGAAUGCGAGAAACUAUGGAAAGACGCAGGAACGGGAACACAGCCCCAAGGAAGUCUUGAAAAUCUGACAGCUGAUCAUCUUCUUUUAGGUAAAAAAAUACAUAGGAAGGGAUACGGCAGAUGUCACAAAAUAUCAUACCUUAGGUCAUAUUUCCAAUCAGCUUAAUCAGGAUUUCAAGCAUUCUGUGGAGAUAAAGAUUUUCUUUCGCCGGAAAUGAUAGUGAAAAUUGUUAUCUCAACAGAAUAUUCCCUUAAUUGCACAAUUGCCAAAAACAUGUGUAUUUAAGGCCUAUUUCAAACGUCGCGCUCCUCAUGUGCCGAAUGCAUUAAAAACAAUAGAUAAUCAGCUGAAAUGCCUCAUUAUCUAUUUUUUCUAAAUUCUAAUGCGUUCGGCACAUGAGAAGUGCAACGUUUGAAACAGGCCUAAGUUCAUAUUUCUACAUAUAUUUUAGAUUUAAAUUCUGGGUUUAUUUUGUUUGAUACAUUUAGGUGCAAAGGAAAAUAAGGAUGUCAAAUGUUUGUAUGAUGAUGCAGCAGACAGGAUGCUUAUUGAAUUGCUUGAUUUUGGUAUUAACCGAACGCAUGUCCCAACAGACUUUGGGGAAAAAAGCGAGCACGAAUGUACAACAUUUCUUAAGGACAAUGAAUAUGUUGGGAACAAUGAGAAAGGACAAAAAUGCAAUAUUGCAGUUCCAAACGUGACGGAGGAAUAUGAAACCUCGUAUGAAAUGAAAAAUAUUUUCAUUCUGCCAAUUUCCCUUGCUGAUGAAGCUUACACUUGCGGAGAAGCACUUGUCUAUCGUCAAUAUUCUGAAGAUUUAAACUUAAAUAUUCAAAGAAGAGAUCAGUAUAUAGCAUUCGACAACCGAAAGAAAGAUUAUGACCUUAGCAAUGCACGCGAACGGUACAAAAUGUAUAAGGAACUAGAAGUCCAUGAAUCUGAACUUUCUAAUCUUAAAGAUACGUUUGAAUCCGAAAAGGUUGUGGUGGAUGACCCUUGUGUCCUUCCGUAUAAUGAUUAUAUCACAAAGUAUAGGCAAAUGGUGAGACAACAAGAGAGGGACAUGAAAAAAGUUGUUGAAUUUUUAGAAAAAGGAGUAGCAGAUAUGCCACUAGAACAAUCUGUUUCAUUCAUUAAGUGCCACAGUGGAAUGUGGUCUUCCUUAAACGACGAGUACAACCGUUCAGCUCUGCACGUAUUUGUCGAGAAAGGAAACAUUAAAUGCGUUGAAAGUCUUCUCAUAUGCGGGGCACAUGUCAAUGCUGGUGAAGGGUGUGGUGUCACACCUUUGAUGAUUGCUCUAAUGCAGAAGAAUGUGGAGAUGACAAAACUACUUUUGAAGUACGAGGCUAGAGUAUGGGGUUUAUUUCCUGGUCAUCUUCCAACCCCUAUGGAAAUCUGUGAAAAGCUUCAACAUAGUGAAUUAAUGGAAAUUCUAACGAAUGUAUACCAGCAACACGAAAUGCAGAGUCUUGCUCAUGCUAUGGAAUUCUUGAAUACCGAGGAGCAUGCUUGUGGACUAGUUGAGAAUGAUUAUGAGACAGUCGAAUCGUCAUGUUUAGGACAAACUGAAGCUUCUUUGUCAGACUCAGAUGAGUCAAAAACUUCAUCAAAUGUUCGGGACAAAAUUAUCACAGUUGGGGAUGUAAAACAACAGUAA